CUUCAAUCAUAAACCCUUAAGUUAUUAACUAAAGUACCCCAAAUUUGAAAGUACAAGGCCAGGAAGAUGGAUUAGUGGUAAGGAGGACAAUGAUUUUUCAAGUAGUUUAAUAAAAUUCACUACAAUAUUGACACACAUAAGAGGAAAUUAAAAAAAAAAUUAAAGAAUAAUUAUAAUGCUCCAUAGUUGUAAUAAUGUAGAUGCCCUAACUCCUUCCAUACUCUGUACUCCCUUUAGUUUAUCUCAUUUGACUUAUCACAUUCACCAAAACCAUUUCAAAAUAUAAAUAUUUUCAAAUUCGUUACACAAAAAAUUAUAUAUAUAUAUGAUACUAUAAAAUUGACAUUGAAAUAAAUCCAAUACCACACAAAUUACAUAAAAAUAAAAAAUAAAAUAUAUAAAAAAAAUACGUUAACUCCGUAAAUAUUUGUAGACCACAAAGGUCAUGCAAUGACACAAUCAAAUAGGUACAGGGGAAUACUCAUAUACUCCACAAGUGAAAUGUGUCAAUUCGAGUCAUUGAGUCAGGUUCAAUUAGGCUAGUCGAAAUAAGUUUAGUUUGAGUUUGAGUCAUGCGAAUUAUUAUACCCAUAUAAGUCGAAAUUUGUAUCAAGUUACUUUCAAAUCGAAUCGAAUUAAGUUGGUUCAGACUUUCACACCUCUAUAUAACAAUCUCACUCCUUAGCAUCAGUUAGCACCUACCCACUUAGCAACAACCAUGAGUGGCCAAAGAAGUGAAGCAACCACUAAUCUCCCCACUAUCACAUACCUUUUCAUCGUCACAACACUCCUUCAACUCGCCCUAGUCAACUCAAUCCCACCUCCACCACUCUUCGCUUGUGACCCAUCAAACCCAUCAACAAAAUCCUACCCAUUUUGCAACACCAAACUACCCAUCAAUCAACGAGUCAAGGACCUUGUGACUCGACUCAGUUUAGACGAGAAGAUAGCUCAACUAACCAACUCGGUCCCACCGAUUCCAAGACUCGGUAUCCCUGUUUACGAGUGGUGGUCCGAGUCACUUCAUGGGGUGUCAAGACACGGCCGUGGGUACCGGUUCAAUGGUACGUUUGCUAGAAAUGGAACAAUUUUCAAUGGAACUGCUACGAUUAAAGCGGCAACUAUGUUUCCUCAGAUUAUUCUUACCGCUUCUUCUUUUGAUGCUCAGCUUUGGUAUCGUAUUGCACGGGCAAUCGCGACUGAGGCAAGGGCAAUGUACAAUGUGGGACAAGGCAAAGGCUUGACAUUUUGGGCACCAAACAUAAACAUAUUUAGGGAUCCAAGGUGGGGAAGAGGGCAGGAAACCCCUGGAGAAGACCCUUUGCUGACUGCUAGAUAUGGAGUGUCCUAUGUUAGAGGGCUUCAAGGGUAUACCUUCCAAGGGGAUAAGAUAUCAAAGCACCUUCAAGCUUCUGCUUGCUGUAAGCACUUCGCAGCUCAUGACUUGGAUAAUUGGCACGGGAUCACUCGAUAUACCUUCAAUGCAGAGGUGUCUAAGCAAGAUUUGGCAGACACAUUCCAACCCCCAUUCCAGAGUUGUGUCGAACAAGGUCAAGCCAGCUCGAUUAUGUGUGCGUAUAAUCGUGUGAAUGGAAUCCCUAGUUGUGCUCAUCAUGAUUUCCUAACAGACACAGCUAGAGGACAAUGGCAUUUUGAUGGGUACAUAGUCUCAGACUGUAAUGCAGUUCCAAUAAUUUAUGAGCAACAGAAAUAUGCUAAAACACCAGAAGAUGCAGUUGCUGCUGUUCUAAGUGGAGGGAUGGAUGUGGAAUGUGGAUCUUACACACCACGGUAUUCCAAAUCGGCAAUCACUCAGAAAAAAGUUGCAGAAGAAGAAAUAGAUCAAGCUCUCAACAACCUGUUUUCUGUUCGAAUGAGAUUAGGCCUUUUUGAUGGAGAUCCAAGGAUAGAUGGAUCUUUCGGGAAGAUUGGUCCAGAACAAGUUUGCUCAGAAGAUCAUCAGAAUCUUGCGCUUGAAGCUGCCCAAAACAGCAUUGUACUCCUUAAAAAUGACAACAAUCUCCUUCCACUACCAAAAGCCAAAACCAAUUCAUUUGCUGUAAUAGGCCCUAAUGCUGAUUCCCCUCAAGUUCUCCUUGGUAACUAUGAAGGUUAUCCUUGCAAAACUACAACAAUUCUCGAAGCAUUGCAAAGUUAUGUUGAGAAUAUAAAAUAUCAUUCAGGGUGCAAUGCAGUUGAAUGUUCAUCUGCUGAAGUUGAACAAGUAGUGGAGCUAGCUAAAGAGGUUGAUUAUGUUGUUAUGGUGAUGGGUUUGGAUCAAACACAGGAGAGAGAGAAACUAGAUCGUGUUGAUCUUGUUCUUCCUGGUAAGCAGCAAAGUCUUAUAGCAAGCGUUUCAGAAGCUGCUAAGACACCGAUUGUGCUAGUGCUUCUUUGUGGUGGUCCGGUUGAUGUCUCUCUUACUAGGGACGACAAAAAAGUUGGAAGCAUUUUAUGGGCUGGUUAUCCGGGUGAAGCUGGGGGACUUGCCCUUGCAGAAAUCAUCUUUGGUGAUCAUAAUCCAGGUGGGAGACUGCCAGUGACAUGGUAUCCACAAGAUUUUGUUCAAGUACCAAUGACAGAUAUGAGGAUGAGGCCAGACAAAUCUUCUGGCUAUCCAGGGCGGACAUACCGUUUUUACCAAGGCAAGAAGGUUUAUGAAUUCGGGUAUGGGCUGAGCUACUCAAACUAUUCUUAUGAGUUCACGUCAGUUACUCGAGAUAAAAUUAGCUUGAAUCAGGAACCACAUACUAACCAGUUGCUCAAGAGCUCGAACAUCACCCGAUCCAUAUUGGUUUCACAGCUGGGUGUACAAUUCUGUGAGACACUGAAGUUUUCAGCUUUUGUCAGAGUGAAAAAUACUGGAAAAAUGGCUGGCAGACAUCCUGUUUUACUUUUUGUGAGGGCAGGUGAACAGAAUGAUGACAGCCCCAUAAAGCAGUUGACUGGGUUUGAGAGUGUGAACUUGAAUGGAGGACAGGAAAGUGAAAUAGAGUUUUCUGUGAGUCCAUGCGAGCACCUAAGUAAGGCUAACAAGGACGGGCAGAUGGCAAUGGACAAAGGCGUAUAUUUCCUGGUUGUAGGAGAGGCAACUUACAAGAUCACUACCAUUGCAUGAGCUUAUUGAAACACAGCUUGGGUGCUGCAAAGUUAAUACGAGAUUUUCCUAGUUUUGACAGUUUGACUGUAUUAAUUAGUUCAGAGUAAUACUACAGAUACCAGAAUAAUAAGCUUUGUCAGGACUCAAGAGGCUGAUAUCAAGAUUCCAUGGGUUUGUCUGUCAUCUUCACCCAAUAUUCCCAAAUCCCAAUAAGAACUUCCUUUGAACAUAGUUGUGAUGGUUUGGGAUCAUACCCCCAUAUAUAAUUUGUCUAAUGUCGAGUCUAAUUCCCCCUUUUGACACA